GCAGCCUCGAACCGCAUGAAGCCCCCGCGAACGAGCGCUGCAGCCGCGCGGACGGCCAAGAACAACCAGAGCAGCCAGAGCAGCCAGAACAACCACAACAGCCAGAACAACCAGAACCACCAGAACAACCAGAACCACCAGAACCACCAGAACAACGUCUACUCGCUCGAGUCGAUCCAGUCCUUCGUCGGCUCGCAGUCGCACGUCGGCGGGGACCCGUACGACAACGCCUCGCAAUUGCAGUCGCACAUCUUCCGCGACGACACGCCGGACAACGAGACGGUUGUGUCCGAGUCGAUGUUGGGGGACCACGACCUCAUGGACGCCGCGCAGUACUCAAUGGAGAGCCGGAAACGCAAGAGGGGCAUGGACCAAAUGUCGCUGCUCGACCAGCAGCACCAAAUAUGGGCAGACCAGCUGCUGGACUACUUCAUGCUGCUCGACCACAAAGACGCCUACUCCUGGCCCGAGCCACCGCCGAGCAUAAACCUCGACCGCCCCAUCGACGAGAAAGGGCACGCCGCCAUGCACUGGGCAGCCGCCAUGGGCGACGUCGGCGUCGUAAAGGAGCUGAUACACCGCGGCGCGCGCAUAGACUGUCUAUCCAAUAACCUCGAGACGCCCCUGAUGCGCGCCGUCAUGUUCACCAACAACUUCGACAAGGAAACCAUGCCCUCGAUGGUCAGAAUCUUCCAGCAAACCGUACACCGCACCGACUGGUUCGGCAGCACCGUCUUCCACCACAUCGCCGCCACCACCUCCUCGUCAAACAAAUACGUCUGCGCAAGAUGGUACCUCGACUGCAUCAUCAACAAGCUCUCCGAGACGUGGAUCCCCGACGAGGUCACGCGGCUGCUCAACGCCGCGGACCAAAACGGCGACACGGCCAUCAUGAUCGCGGCGCGCAACGGCGCGCGGAAGUGCGUUCGUUCCCUGCUUGGGAGGAACGUCAGCGUCGAUGUGCCCAACAAGAAAGGCGAGACCGCCGACGAUCUGAUCCGCGACCUCAACUCGCGGCGCCGCAUGCACGGCCGGCCACGUCAAGCAUCCUCCUCGCCCUUCGCCCCGCCGCCUGAACAUCGUCUCAACGGGUUCGGAAGCCAGCUAGACGGCGGCCCGCUCCUACCGAUUCAGCUGCCGAGCAGUAGAGCAGAGCCGCAGCAAACAUACCGAAGUCAGACGGCUAGUCAUCUGAUGACCAAAGUCGCCCCGACGCUCCUCGAGAAAUGCGAGGAACUCGCGCUCGCCUACGAAUCCGAGCUCGCCGAAAAAGAAGCAGAAUCCUUCGACGCCAGCCGCGUCGUGAAGCGUCGACAGGCCGAGCUCGAAGCUGUGCGGAAACAGGUCAGCGAGCUGGAGAACCGGGGGUUGGAUCUGGACGACGAGAGCGUAGAUGUUGCGCACGAGGAAGAGCUGAGGCGGUUGGUGGAGGAAGCAGAGAGUUUGCUGGAGGUGGAGCAGAAGGCAGAGUUGAGACGGUUGCUGAGUGCGACGCCGCAGGUGCAGCAAGGGACAAAGAAGGAGGAGGACAUGCAGGAGAAGCUGCGGCUGAGUUUGUUGUUGUACCGCGCGCAAGUGGAGAGGAGGGAGCUGGUCAGAGCUGUCGUUGCGAAUCUGUCCGUCGCCGGUAUGAGCGAGAAACAGGGCGUAUACAAGGGCUUGAUUGCCAAAGCACUCGGUGAGCGCGAAGAGGACGUCGAGCCCAUGCUGCCCGAGAUCCUGCGGGAACUAGAAGAGGCGCAGACGCAGGAGCGGGCGGAGGGGCUGGAGGGGAGUCCGCUGUGAUGCGCAUGGCACUGUUGAGUCCGCUGUGAUGUGCAUGGCACUGUUGACUCGCUGCCAUGGACAGAUCUUGUUCAUAGCCUGGCGACUUUUUUUUUCCUUUUUUCUUCUACAGUUUUGUUGUUGUCUGCACGGUACUGAUUCCCCAGGGGUGUUCUCAAGGCGUGGAGUUGUUCAUAUUGGAUUGGCGAAGGAGGACAUGUUACG